AGCGGAUAUGUCGGCUCUGUGUACCAGGGGGCACCUGGACAUCAAUGAACACCUCCCUCCAUGGUCUGGUACCAGCAACCCCAGGGAGUCUUGCAUGGCACCACCCCGCUCCUCUCAUCGAAAUGCACAGACAUCACAUGCAGAGCAGCGCCCUGACAGGAGAAAUUACUUGGACACACGAUGGCGCAAUGCGCAUGCGCAGUCAUACGACUUGAAACCGCGCAACAACAACAAAAAAUGGCUUUUAACGAUGUCCAUCAAGAUUUCAACCAAUAGAAGCCCGUUUUACAGACUACCUAAACAACAAGCUCCAGCGGUCUGAUUGCACUUCCUGUUUCUCCUUUCAGAGAUUGUGAUUGGACGUCUACUGUGCCUUCUUGAUUGGCUGUGGCGCCUGUUGCUAGUCGGGAGGACGUCUGUUAUUGGUGGACGGCUCUUUGCGCUGUUUUUAAAGAGGAGACGCGAGGCGGCGGCUUGUUUAGUUAGCGACUGAUUGUGGCGGGUCACCGGUAGCGGAGUCUACGAAGAUGUCUUUCCCUAAGGCUCCCCUCAAGCGGUUCAACGAGCAUGUUGGCUGUGCUCCAGCUCCAGGAUCUUACGAUGUGAAGCUUUCAGAUAGUCUUAAAGGACCAGUUUCAUUUGAAAAAUCUCAAACGCUUUAGAGCAAAAAAAGGCUGUGCUCCAGCUCCAGGAUCUUACGAUGUGAAGCUUUCAGAUAGUCUUAAAGGACCAGUUUCAUUUGAAAAAUCUCAAAACGCUUUAGAGCAAAAAAAGGCUGUGCUCCAGCUCCAGGAUCUUACGAUGUGAAGCUUUCAGAUAGUCUUAAAGGACCAGUUUCAUUUGAAAAAUCUCAACGCUUUAGAGCAAAAAAAGGCUGUGCUCCAGCUCCAGGAUCUUACGAUGUGAAGCUUUCAGAUAGUCUUAAAGGACCAGUUUCAUUUGAAAAAUCUCAACGCUUUAGAGCAAAAAAAGCACACGCAACGUUGAACAGUGCUGACAUCUCGGCCCAGGCGCAGUGAUCUUCCACAGUGAUAAACCAAGGUCUUAGUUCAAGAAUUCUGUCCCUCUCAGUUUGUGACCAGUGGUGAUAACUGGCAAGUCAACGAACAAGAGGCAUCACACAAUCAUCCCACAUCUUUGGAGACUUGGCUGGUGAAAGUCAGAGUUCGGACCGAGAUGAGGAACCUACUUCCCCAGCACGCCUUAAAAAGCAUUCUUCUCUUGGUUCAACACCAAACCUGAGACAAACCUGAUAGAGAUGUGGAAUUCGUGAGAGACAUGAAGAAACAGAAAGCUCUGGACAAAGAAAUCCGUUCUCUCUUGAAGGAACGUGCUGACCAAGGCAAGAAACUUCAACUCUUGGAGGAAGAGUUCAAAAAGACAGAGCAAAAACUGGUCACUGCUGUGCGGGAGAAAACAUCACUUACUGCAAGCAUUGCCUCCUUGGAAAGGCAAAUGGCUGACCUCAAUAAGGCAAAUGAGCUUCUGAAAACCAAGUUUUCUGACAGCUCAAAACGAAAAAUUAACAGCCUUUACGCAGAACUGAUGGAGGCCAAAAAUAAAAUGGACGCAAAAGACAAGGAAAUGAAUGGCCUUCAGGCAAGAUUUGAAGGACAAAUCCAGUCACUGCAAGAAAGCUUGGAUGUUUCUAAGGCUGACAUGCAAUCUCUGACAGAAAAGAAUAAGCUUCUAGCUCAGUCAGCAAGAUGCCUCUAUGCACAAUGAAUUCUUGAAGAAAGAGCUUGAUCAAGCACAAGGUAACAUGACAAAAAAAU